AUGGUUCUUGAGGGUAAAAGGUUCAAACAAAGGCUACCAGGUGAGGCUGGGUCUGACCCCGAAUGUUUGGAUCCGUUAGAGAACGUCGCCUCUUUCUCUGUGGUCCCGAGAUGUCUCCGCUACGAAGAUGUCUCCGCCACGAAGGUGUGCAGCGAGCAGGACGUGGUGGAUCAUCUGAACCUGACCAGCAACAGAGACAGGCUGACCUUGACGCGGCCAGUGCAAGACUGGACCACACCCACAGUCGUGAGCCUGGACGUGUUCAUCUACACCAUCCUGUCUGUGUUUUGGGAGAAUGAGUUGAUCUCCUGGGAUCCUGCGGAUUUCUGUGGGAUCCAGGAGGUGACUAUUCCCAGGGAGCUGCUGUGGAAGCCCGACCUGAUCAUCUACGAGACGAUGGAGAAGAACGAGGCCAGUGGAAGUCCGUACCUGAUGGUGAGACACGACGGCAGGGUCAUUAUGGACAACAACCUGAAGCUGGUGUCCACCUGUUCCAUCGAUAUCCACAAGUUUCCGUUUGACACCCAGAAUUGCAACCUCACUUUCUCCUCAUCCAUUUACACAGACCAGGAGAUCCAGUUGGUCCCCCUGUCCAACUCAUCUCUCGUGACGAAGAACUCACGGGAAAUCAUGCUGACCCACGGGGAGUGGGAGUUCAUGAACGUCUCUGUGCACACAGUCAAAGUUGCCUACCAAGAUCAGGGGACCUGGGACCAAGUAGUCUACACGAUCACCAUCAGGAGGGUUCCUCUGCUGCAGGUGCUGACCUUCAUCAUGCCCAUCCUCUUCUUCCUCAGCCUGGACCUGGCGUCCUUCUUCAUGCCCGACACGCGGGGGGAUAAGCUGUGCUUUAAGGUCACUGUGCUGCUGGCCAUGUCUGUCUUACUCCUCAUCCUCAAUGACACCUUUCCCUCCAAACCCAGCAAAACGCCACUAAUGGCUGUGUACGUGAUAGUGGUGUUUGCCUUCAUGCUGCUGAGCCUGCUGGAGACUAUCCUGGUGGUGUACCUGAUGGAGAGGGCCUCCACCCCCCGGGGGAGCAGGGCAGGCAGGGGCAGCAGGGGCAGCAGAGCCCCCAGCUCAGAGGGGCUCCACCUAAGCAGAGACGCCGGUAUGCAUCACAUCACGUCACAUCACAUCAUAAACCAUUGCACUUACACAGAGAAGUGGACAGACUUAAGGCAAACACAAACAGAUACAAAUACAGGUACAAAGACAGAUUCAGACACAGCUAAGCAUGUUGAACCUAAUAACAGCAUGGGAUAAGCAGAGCUAGGGAGGUCA